CCUCCCAUCUCUACGUCAAAUCUUUUCCAGCAGCGGAUGUUAUUGGAAAAGUGUGGCUACAAACCUCAACGUAUGAACUAGAAACCAUUGAAAAGUUCUCAAAGCUGAUAUUUCCAUUAACACCGCGGAUACAGAAGGUAACGGCGCGCUGGCUGAAUGACCGGCUCUGUGGCUUUGUGCGCCAGUAGCGUAGCUGCAGCCGCCAGGCCUGUGUUCGCAUCAUUCACAAAAACGCUGCUUGAACAUCAGCACAGUGUGAGGAGAGCUCCCUUCUCUGGCCUCCUUCCAGGGAACCAACAUGUCCAGUGACCCCCCUCCUCCAUACCCAGGGGGCCCGAGUGCCCCAUUUCUUGGGGAGAAAAAUGGACAACCUCCAGUUCCUGCAGCCAGUGCUCCAGUAACGACAGGACCUCCACAAGGGCAGCCGCUGCCUCCAGAAUAUGGACCUCCACCUUAUGAAGCCACACAUCAACCUGGCUUUGUUCCACCACAUGUCCCAGGAGAAGGUCCCAUGCCUAAGCAUGUGCAUAUGCCAAUGCCCAUGCUUCAUCCUCACGGUGGUUACUAUGCUCCACCUGGGCACUUUCCUCAUCCGAUAACAGAGCACUAUGGCCCAGGGCCCAGUCACUUUGCUCCAGGCCACACAGCCACAGUUCUCGCCCCUCCUGGUGCCGCCGCCACCACCGUGACUGUUCUACAGGGGGAGAUGUUCCAAGCGGCUCCAGUGCAGACGGUUUGUCCACACUGCCAGCAACCCAUCAUCACCUGCAUCAGCCACGACAUCGGCCUCACAAAUACUCUUAUCUGUAUGUUCUGCUUCUUUGUCGGUUGUGAUCUAGGUUGCUGCUUGAUCCCCUGUUUGAUUGAUGACCUCAAGGAUGUGACACACACUUGCCCGAACUGCAAGGGCUAUAUUUACACAUAUAAGCGUAUAUGCUAACAGUUUAUCUCAUCAACAAUCAUGCUGUGACCACAUUCUGGUGGGUGUAGACAACCCGUUUUCAUUUGUUCUCUGUGUUCAUUUUGCCUCAGCUGACAGUUCAUAUUUCCAGCCACCUCUCACUUCAUGUAAGUAUUGAUUCUCAUAUAUAUAUUUUUUACAGGCACUUGACAUAGUUACUGAUGCCUCUAAAAUUAAGCAGAGAUGAUUAGCGGAGGUGAUUGAAGGAUUGGUACAUUUUAUAUGCACAAUGGUCAGUUACAUUGUGUCAUCCAAGCACUGUUUUUAUUUUUAUUUUAGCAGUAGAGCUAAGUGUAUACAUUUAGCGAAUAUGUAAAAACAUUAACCUUGAAAAGCUCAUUUGUGAAUAAUACUGGGUUGCGAAGCUAAAUGAAGUUCACUUCAGGGUCAGUAUGGUUGGAUUGUAGGAUUAUUAUUUUAUGCAUUAUUGUUUUAUUUUAACAUAUUAAAAUUAAAGUCUUUCAUGGCUGGGUCUGGGACUUUUGAAGUCCUGGAGUAAUGUUGUUGCGUUUACAUGUGAAAAUGUCUCUAUAUUUGGCAUUUUAUGCAAAUGUUAUGGGGAUUUUUUUCUUUUACUUUUGUUUUCAAUUUCUUAUAUUUGUUGAUAAGACUAAUUUCAAGUAGAUUUGAUAUAUGCUUAUCAAUGUAACAGGCAUUGUUGUAAUGAUGUGUCAUUUUAGAUGAAGGAUUUGUAUUGAUAAAGGGAUCUGUAUGUCCAUCUAAAUCUCCUUUGAAUAAUUUAGAGAUGCUAGAUAGCUUUCAUUAAAGUUCAUGGUGUUUUAAAGGAAUAGUUCACCCAGAAAUGAAAAUUUGCUGAAAAUGUAUUCACUCUCAGGC